AUGUCUAUGGGUCCUGGUCCGUCUGAGGCAGGGCCACCAUAUCCAGUUCAGACUAUCAUAUGUACCAAGGCAAUGUCCUCUACCUCGAAGAACUCGCCAAAACGGAAGAGGAAACCAAAGCUCAAUUUCUAUCGCACAGCGCCAGUAGUCCAUUAUCGCCAGCAUACCCAAUACCAAGUCAACAAUGAUGGCUCUGUCAGUUAUACGCAGAAGUGUCUUCUACCUCCUAAGAAUGCUAAAGCAACCAUCCCGGACCAUUAUAUUGAUCAAACUCAUGCGGAACGAACUCUAUGCAACUCAGACACCUUUUUUUCAAUUCCAGAGCCACUUGACGAUCUCCCACUCGAAGUAUCAUUAGAUGUUCUAGGCCAACAAAGGAGAAAACGAACAGCAGGUGACCAUCCUUUGUUGACGUGGCUGAAUCACAGAGCGUUAUUCCUUCGAGAAAUGAUCCGUCUUGAAGGAAGAGUCAGCAUGCGGUUGUGCUUAGAGUGUGAUGGUCCCAAUCCUGAGUACAAAUUCCAUGCGCACCACCCGCUUCACCGAUUGCAGAAGUGGAACGGUCAAUACUUCGAGCGAAUUUCUCUGAAAGCCCUGGGCCUCCGCAUUCAGCUUGGUCACAUCACUGGCCGGCAAUGUGUCAAUCCUCACCGUGCUUUUAAUGAUGAUUUUGUCAUUAUCGACAUCUUCGGUAUACACGAAGUGUCACUCGACUUCUGCGGUUGUGCAAUAGCCGAAAGUCGUAUGCAACAGCUACUUCGAAUGUCAUUAUUUCCUUCAACAACCUCAGAUCCAAAAACUGCUGCAACAUUCCGCGUUCUGGAGCAGUAUCACCUGCUCUCAUUUGAGUCAAAAAUAUCUGCCUAUGAAUUUUAUCAUGGACUUCGCCGGAUGUCUGACAACACCGGUCUACUUCUCAUUAAGGAUCGAUACGAGUCGUUUAUGCGGAUGAUUCGUGAAUGGCGUCACCUGAAGAUGCUCAAACGCUCAGGGCAAGGUCACGAUCCGAAGGGUGUAGAAGCGACAGCUCAAGGUGAAUGUGCUGUAUUGUGCCCAGCUUGUCCACAUCCAGGGAAGAACCUUCCAGAUAAUUGGAAAGAUGCACCUCGACGUUGGCUCUACGGAUUGUUCCUUGCUAUCGAUGCAAACUUCCGGUUGAAACGCAAGGCUGUCUCGAAUGACAGCGUGGACCCAAGCCUGAGUUCUGGGUGGGCCUAUUUCGUGGAGGAUGAAGCUUAUAAGGGCUUCUUGGACAGCAAUUCGGACAAUACCCAAGAGAAAUCAACAUGCUCAAGUCACAACGCUGUGAACAUGGCGGACACAAAAUCUAAUCGUGGACUUGCUGCCACAGGUUUAGGUACUGUUGACUGUGCCCGCCACAACAUGAAACGGCCCAACGCUGUUGGAGAUCUCCAAAAGGGUGAAAGAUAUGUCAACAUGGAUUAUUUAUUCUUCUCAACGCUGCGCCACACUGUAAUCGACACUCUGAAUGUAUCUUACGAUAUCGCGUGCCAGUGGCACAAAAAAUUAUGGCACCGUAUGAGCACAUUUCCAGUCUCAAUGCACCUCCUGCCCACUUUCAAAACUAUCUCUUUUUUCGUCCCAAAGUUCCACCUUCCUGCUCACAUCGAGGAGUGUCAAACCUCAUUCUCGUUCAAUUUUAAGAGUGGGGUCGGUCGGACUGAUGGAGAAGCACCCGAGCGUGGCUGGGCCAAUAUCAACCCCGUCGCUUCAAGUACUAAAGAGAUGGGUCCUGGUGCACGGCGAGACACCCUUGACGACUACUUUGGAGACUCAAAUUGGAAAAAGGUAGUUAAACUUGGUCAUACUAUGCUUCACAAGAUGAAGGAUGCAUUACCGGAGCGGCAGGAUCAUCACGAAGCCCUUGAUGACCUUGAAGAAGGUUUGAGAGGUGAAUAUAGUGCCGCUCUCGCCCAGUGGAGAGAACAGGUGGAGGCUUGGGAGCGUGACCCUGCAAAGCCAAAUCCUUUCGAACGAAGGGCGGAAACUGUCACUAUGGCUUCUGUGCGACUGGAACUGGCUAGGGAUGACCAGAAUGAUAUUCAAACAGGGACUUGCCUUGCGCUACACGAGGACUGUACUCCUAGUGUAUUGAUCAGUACUGGCUUAGAACUCGAGGAACAACAACGGCGAAUGAAAGCUGACAGAGCCGGCCUCAGAGUUCACGCAACAGACAAUCAAGAAGGGAAGAUGCUUCAGCGGAAUAACACUCUGCAACGCAGGAUCGACACCUGGACUAAAUUACAGGAACUAUACAUGCCGUCGCUCGCUGCACUACGUGUCAGCGAGAGUUCAGUAUCUGGUGGCAUAGCCACUGCAGUAGCUACACCAGAAACCGUCAAACUCUGGCUACCAUCCCAAAUCGGCAAGACAGCACCUUGUGACACCCGCCUCCAAACCAUCGAAUGGAAGCUCCGGUAUGCGCAAGCUCACGAUGCACUCCGUUCCCUACGUUCAAACUUGCGUGCUCAGACUGCAAUCCUCAAGUAUAAAGAUCGCAACCUUCGUGGACAAGGUGCGAAUACGAGGGCACGGAAUACACUCAAAGCUGUUGAAGCAAGGCUUGAGGCUGCCGCCAGCACGUAUGAGCGUGCCCAUAAGGCUCUCGUGGUUCUUGCACCACUGCUGAAUCAGAUUGGGUGGCACUCCUCACUGCGGCCACUAAACCGAGCGGAUAUCCGCUCGAUGACAGAUCUAUUAUGGGGGGAAUCAGAGGGGACAAGAAAACUAUCUUGGAUCUGGAAUAUGCGAGGAGCUGCACCUGACGAGAUGGACAAGGACAAUGCUUUGGAAGGCGAGGCACGGGCGAUGCGCUGGGCUGAAGAGGUGGAGCUGCUGAAGGAAGAGAUGCGGAGGAUCCUACAAUUUUUCGAAUGGGAUGCGCAAUGCUGGGACGAGCGAGGGCUAGAAGAUGCCUUACACGACAUGGAUGAUGAUGAUGAGCGCGAGGGACUGAUAGCAUAUGCCAAACGUCAAGCUUCGUUAUGUCGAAGGCUCGCUGAGUCCUUCAGGACUAGUUGGACUGACACCUUGGCACUGGCGGACAUAUUCAACCACUCACUCGUCACUCAGCAAGACAUGGACAUUGAUUGA